AAAUACGCACGCACCGCCAGCAUCGGCGCCGUCUCCUUCCUCGCCAUCCUCUUCAUCCGCGACCACGUCGUCUCCUUCGACACGGUGCGCGGCUCGUCCAUGGCGCCGACGCUCUCGCCGCACGCGCACGAGACGGGGCGGCUCGACCGCAUCGUCAUUCGGCGCAAUGUGCGCUUCGGCAGGGGCGUGCGCAGGGGCGAUGUGGUGACGUUUUGGAAGCCGCAUCGGCCUGAGGAGAUUAGUAUUAAGCGCGUGGUGGCGGUGGAGGGGGAUACUGUGUAUCCUCACCGCGGGUACGCACUGGAUACGGAGAUUGUGCGGGGCAGGCGGGUUGAGGGGUGGGAUGGGCUGGGUGUGAGGGAUGAGGAUGCGGUUGGGGGGGAGGAGGUGGAGGUAGGGAAGGUGGUGGUGCCGAGGGGGCAUGUUUGGGUGGAGGGGGAUAAUUGGAGGAGGAGCUAUGAUAGUUGUGAUUUUGGGCCGGUUAGUUUGGGGUUGGUGGAUGGGAAGGCGGUGAUGGUUUGGAGGGAUUGGUUUGAUUGGAGAUUUGUGGGGGACGAGAGGGAGAAGGGGCAUAGGAGUAGGGUUGUGGAGGGCGAAAAGAUUCCGCCGGGCUUGUUUGAUGAU